UCCGGAGGAUUUACCGGAGAACCGGGAGGGUUUAACGGCCUCAGGAGACACCGGGACACCGGGGGAAGACAGUAGGACACCGGGGGAAGACACCGGGAUGGCGGGAUCCGGGAAAACAAUCUUCGUUCAGAAACCGAAAGGAAGAGAGAGAUGUCACAUUUGUCAGCAAUGUGACAAAUCGUUUACAAUAUCUGGAAAUUUAAAGCUCCACCUGCUUAUUCACACUGGAGAAAAACCAUACAGCUGUGAAGAGUGUGGGAAAACGUUCCCUACAUCAAGUACUCUCAAAGCACAUCAUCGUAUUCACACUGGAGAAAAACCGUACAGCUGUGAAGAGUGUGGGAAAACAUUCCCUACAUCAAGUACUCUCAAAGCACAUCAUCGUAUUCACACUGGAGAAAAACCGUACAGCUGUGAAGACUGUGGGACAACUUUCACUCAAUCAGGUGCUCUCAAAUCACAUCAACGUAUUCACACUGGAGAAAAACCGUACAGCUGUGAAGAGUGUGGGAAAACAUUCACUCAAUCAGGUACUCUCAAAUCACAUCAACGUAUUCACACUGGAGAAAAACCGUACAGCUGUGAAGAGUGUGGGAAAACGUUCCCUACAUCAGGUGCUCUCAAAGCACAUCAUCGUAUUCACACAGGAGAAAAACCGUACAGCUGUGAAGAGUGUGGGACAACUUUCACUCAAUAUGGUGCUCUCAAAUCACAUCAACGUAUUCACACUGGAGAAAAACCGUACAGCUGUGAAGAGUGUGGGAAAACAUUCAUGAAGUUAGCUAAUUUUCAAAGACAUCAUCGUAUUCAUACUGGAGAAAAACCGUACAGCUGUGAAGAGUGUGGGAAAACGUUCACUAGAUCAGGUGAUCUCAAAGUACAUCAUCGUAUUCACACAGGAGACAACCCGUACAGCUGUGAAGAGUGUGGGAAAACAUUCACUUCAUCAGUUGCUCUCAAAAUACAUCGACGUAUUCACACUGGAGAAAAACCGUACAGCUGUGAAGAGUGUGGGAAAACGUUCACUCAAUCAGGUGAUCUCAAAUCACAUCGACGUAUUCACACGGGAGAAAAACCGUACAGCUGUGAAGAGUGUGGGAAAACGUUCACUACAUCAGGUUCUCUCAAAUCACAUCAACGUAUUCACACUGGAGAAAAACCGUACAGCUGUGAAGAGUGUGGGAAAAAAUUCACUCAAUCACAUCAUCUCAAAGCCCAUCAACGUAUUCACACGGGAGAACAACCGUACAGCUGUGAAGAGUGUGGGAAAAUGUUCAGAACAUCAAGUGAACUCAAAAAACAUCAACGUAUUCACACAGGAGAAAAACCGUACAGCUGUGUAGAGUGUGGGAAAAUGUUCAGAACAUUAAAUGCUCGCACAAAUCAUCACCGUGUUCACACAGGAGAAAAACCAUAUUGGUGUGAAGAGUGUGGGAAAAUGUUCGCGACCUCAAGUAGACUCACAGACCAUCAUCGUGUUCACACAGGAGAGAAACCGUACUGCUGUGAAGAGUGUGGGAGAACUUUCACUACAUCAAGUAAUCUAAAAAAACAUCAACGUAUUCACACAGGAGAGAAACCGUACAGCUGUGAAGAGUGUGGGAAAGCGUUCACUCAAUUAGGUCAUCUCAGAAUACAUCAAGUUAUUCACACUGGAGAAAAACCGUACAGCUGUGAAGAGUGUGGGAACACUUUCACUACAUCAAGUGCUCUAAAAGCACAUCAACGUAUUCACACUGGAGAAGAACCGUAUUGGUGUGAAGAGUGUGGGCAAACUUUCUCUAGAUCAAGUGCUCUCAAAAUACAUCAACGUAUUCAUACUGGAGAAAAACCGUACAGCUGUGAAGAGUGUGGGAAAACGUUCACUACAUCAUAUCAUCUAAAAAAACAUCACCGUAUUCACACUGGAGAAAACCCGUACAGCUGUGAAGAGUGUGGGAAAACGUUCACUACAUCAUAUGGUCUCAAAAAACAUCUACGUAUUCACACGGGAGAAAAGCCAUACUGGUGUGAAGAGUGUGGGGAAACAUUCACUGCAUCAGGUAGACUCCAAAGACAUCAACGUGUUCACACUGGAGAUAAACCAUAGUGGUGUUAAGAGUGUGAGAAAACAUUUUCUCAAAGUAUUCACCUUAACCUGUUAAGCACUGAGCCUGUUU